CGCAACCAUGUGCGAACACCUUAAAAUUAAUGAAGUCGAGUUAGAAAAAACAGUUCUUGAUAUGUUUACAUAUUUAUUUUAUAGCCAAGUGUACCUUGUAUUAAUUGUCAUCAAUCAUUAACAAAAAAACUGUUUACAAAGUAUUUGUUUAUAAGUGAUUGUUAAAAUAAAGAUGGAAAGUUUAUGGAAUCAAUUAAUUUUAAAGCGUCCUCCAACUACUACUUGCUAUUUAGCAUCGGAUAACCUUUCUGCAAAUUCAUUUUUGAAAUUACUUCAUGAAAUUUAUAAUGAAAUUUCUUCCCAAGAUAUAAUACAUAAAGAAGCAGCAGUAUUGAGUCGUUUUAUAUAUCGUAUGAAGAAAAAAUUUAGACAUGAUAAGGGAUUGAAAAGUAUUGAAAAAGUAAAUCGAGCUCUAUUGAAUUAUUUGCAUAUAUCUCUUGAAAACGAAUACAAGUAUUUGAUUGAUAACACUCUUAUAAACAAUAAGUUAACCAAAUUACCAACGAGACAAAUGUUACAAUAUGUUUUAACUCGUACUCAAGGAUACUGUAUGUUAUUAUACAGAAUAGAAAAAGUUUCAAUUGAAGCUGCACAAUUUUUUAAAACAAGAAUCCAAUUAGGCCAGGCAUGGACUUUUUCUGCUUUCAUCUACUCCAUAAUAUCAAGAAUAUGGAUAUGGUCUAGACAUUUAAUUCAAAAAUGUUGCAUAUGGUACAAUCAAAUGUUUCCAUUUUUAUCACAAUUAAGUCAAAUUGGGAUAGAUUGGUUACCUGAAAAUUAUCGAUUACCAUCUGAUUUAAAAAACUGGCUUUCAAUUCCAUGGAUUGAAGAACCUAUUGAAAGUUUAUUCACAAAUAAAAAUUCAGUAGAUAUAUUUGAUUUAAUAAAACAUCAACAUGCAUUAAACGACGAAACUAAUUUAACGGAAAAGAUUAGCAAAAACGAAAAUGAAGAAACAUCGAUAAAUAACAUAAUUAAUGAAACAAUAAUGGAUCUCAGUAAUGAUAUUGGAGUACCAAUAUCACGUGGCUCAUUAAUCUCUAAAUCAAUAGAAUCUCCAGAGAUGCCAGAAAAAUUAAUAAUAACAAAUAUUAAAUCGAAGGAUGAUCUCCACCAAUUACUGACCCUUGAUUAUUAUCCAGGUAUGGAUAAGUUACGAUGGAGAAUAAUGAAAAAAAUUAUAAGCAAAAAUUUAAUGAAAAUCAGUAAAAGCACAGAUAUAAAAAAACAUAAGAUUAUUCUAAAUAAAAUGGAUAAAAUUCUGCACUCGUACAUAAAUGAAUGAACAUAAAAUUUAGUUAUGUUUUUUUUUCCAUUUCUAAAUAAAUAAAUAAAUAAUAUAAGGUAUUAUUAGGAAUUUAAAAUUAAUAAAUAUUUC